CGCAUUUAAAAAAGUGCACUCCCAAGUUCCAACAUUUUUUGCUGGUCCAGUUGUGCUGGUUUCUGAAUGAAUUACACCUCAGCAGGCAACCAGGCAGCAUAAGGCUGUGAAGAUGGCGUCGCUUUCAAAUGCUAACGCGCAUCACCCCCUGACCACCGCCACGUUUCUUCCGUGAUCCGCCGUCCCUAUACAUUAAAUACCACCUCUCUCUCUCUCUCUCUCUCUCUCUCUCUCUCUCUCUCUCUCUCCAAUGGACCUCAAAAAUCGCUUCACAACUGUUUUCUUGCUCUUCCUCCUCUUCGCCAUGCCUGCUUUCUCCAGAGGUCGGUUGAAGUUGCCUAUCGCAAAAGUGAAUUCGGAGAUUUACGAGAUCGAUUACAGGGGACCGGAGACUCACUCUUACAUGCCUCCGCCGAACGAAUCCGGCGGCGUCAAUACUAACGGUGGUCCGAUGAAACAUCACAAGGCGUCGCAUUCUCGUUCCAAAACGCUAUCAACUGAAAACGCCACAAAAGAGGUGAAGAAGUUUCAUGGAUGAAGAAAUCGGGCAUUGAUAAACCAAAAGUUUGAAAAAUAAGCAUUUUAUUGAUCAUUGAACACAUAGUGAUCAACUUAAACCAUUUUAGAGCAAUAAUUUGGCUGUUUUUCUUUUAACAUUUAUUUGUGCAGUUUAAAUUAUAUUGUUGGAAUUAUUUUCUUUCUUAUUUUUAGUGUGAUGGUUUGAAGUUUUAAAGGGUGUUUAUUAGUACAA